CACGGUGUGCGAACCGAACAGAAUAACCCGCCCCCCCCCGCGGGAUGUGAAGGACUCCGGGUGAGGCCGGCCACGCCCCGCACGGUAACUCUCUGGCCUGGGUGGAGAGCGUCGCUUAGUACUGGCCGGAUCGGAGUUUUACAAGAGUUUGAAGCUCUUGUGUGUUUGAACGGCGUGAGAAGCUUUCCGCUGAGAGAUCUUCGCACGCCCUGGCCAGGCCCGGCCUAGCGUGGAGAAGCCUUUGGCGCGCGCCUGUAGUCUCCUGAGUGAGGCUGCGCAUGUCACUUCGCGCGCGUCCCCAGCCUUAACUUCCGCGUUGCGCAGCUAACUGGGAACAUCGACGCCAGAGAGAGCGGACACGAGGCGGGCGGGGUGAGAAGCGCCCAUGGUGCAAGCCUGCCUUCGCGUGCGUGGGGUGCCGAUCCGCAUGGAUGGGAAGGCCAUUGUGACUAUGUGGUGAUUACAGUUGUCUUGCUACUUAGUUCCCCACUGGAAUCAUGGAGGAGAAACAGCAGAUUAUAUUGGCUAAUCAAGAUGGUGGGACAGUGGGAGGAGCAGCACCUACUUUCUUUGUCAUCUUAAAACAGCCAGGAAAUGGCAAAACUGAUCAAGGAAUUUUGGUUACUAAUCGUGAUGCCUGUGCUUUGGCUAGUAGUGUGUCAUCACCAGGAAAACCUAAAGGGAAGAUUUGCCUUCCAGCUGAUUGUACUGUUGGAGGAAUCACUGUCACCCUCGAUAACAAUAGUAUGUGGAAUGAGUUCUAUCAUCGAAGCACAGAGAUGAUUCUUACCAAGCAAGGAAGACGCAUGUUUCCUUACUGUCGUUAUUGGAUAACAGGUUUAGAUUCAAAUUUGAAGUAUAUCCUCGUAAUGGAUAUAUCUCCUGUGGAUAACCAUCGUUAUAAGUGGAAUGGUCGUUGGUGGGAACCCAGUGGGAAGGCUGAACCUCAUGUUUUGGGGAGGGUUUUUAUUCAUCCAGAAUCUCCUUCCACAGGUCAUUAUUGGAUGCAUCAACCAGUAUCUUUCUAUAAACUCAAACUUACCAACAAUACACUGGACCAGGAAGGGCAUAUCAUCUUGCACUCAAUGCAUCGCUACUUGCCAAGGCUUCAUUUGGUGCCUGCAGAAAAGGCUACAGAAGUGAUACAAUUAAAUGGCCCUGGUGUUCACACUUUCACUUUCCCACAGACUGAAUUCUUUGCUGUAACAGCAUAUCAGAACAUUCAAAUUACCCAGUUGAAAAUAGAUUACAAUCCAUUUGCCAAAGGCUUCCGAGAUGAUGGGCUAAAUAGUAAGCCUCAGAGAGAUGGAAAACAAAAGAACAGCUCUGACCAAGAAGGGAAUAGUGUUCCCAGUUCUCCUGGUCAUCGGGUCCGCCUUGCAGAAGGAGAGGGGUCAGAGAUACAGCCAGGUGAUUUGGAUCCUAUCUCAAGGGGUCAUGAAACGUCAGGCAAGGGUUUGGAGAAGACUUUGCUUAACAUAAACCAAGACUUUCUUGGUUUUGUGGAUAAUGAUUCAGCACUUGAAGUUCCUCAAUUGAAGCAAGAGGUUUCUGAAAGUCUUGUUGCCAACAGUUUUGAAGAUGGCUCUAGGAUAGUCUCAUCGUUAGACCCAAAUGGAAACUUCAAUGUUGUCAUUAAAGAAGAACCUCUGGAUGAUUAUGACUAUGAAGUUAGUGAGUGCCCAGAAGGGGUCACUAUAAAACAGGAAGAAACGGAUGAAGAGACGGAUGUAUACUCAAACAGUGAUGAUGAUCCCAUACUAGAGAAGCAACUAAAGAGGCACAAUAAAGUUGAUAACCUAGAAGGUGAUCAUCUAUCUUCUAAAUGGCUACCAAGCAGCCCAUCAGGUGUUGCUAAAGCAAAAAUGUUCAAAUUAGAUUCUGGAAAGAUGCCAGUAGUCUAUCUGGAGCCUUGUGCUGUCACCAAAAGCACAGUAAAGAUUUCUGAGCUGCCUGAUAACAUGCUUUCCACAUCUCGAAAGGAUAAAUCUUCUGUGUUGGCAGAAUUAGAAUAUUUGCCUACAUACAUUGAAAAUUCUAGUGGAACUGGCUUCUGCUUAGGCAAAGAAUCAGAAAAUGGUAUUGGAAGACAUUCACCAGAUCUCAGAGUAGUACAGAAAUAUCCCUUACUUAAAGACCCUCAAUGGAAGUAUCCUGAUAUAUCUGACAGCAUUAGCACAGAAAGAAUACUUGAUAGCUCAAAAGUUUCAACUGGGGACUCACUUUCAGAGAAAGAGGAGUUGGGCAAAAAGAGAACAACUAUGCUUAAGAUUGCAGCAGCCUCAAAGGCUGUGAAUGCGAAUCAGAAUGUCUCUCCAAAUGUCCCUGGAAAAAGAGGAAGGCCACGGAAAUUAAAACUCUCUAAGGCAGGGCGACCACCUAAAAACACAGGAAAGUCUUUAACUACUACAAAGAAUACCCCCGUUGGCCCUGGGACUACCUUUCCAGAUGUGAAGCCUGAUCUGGAAGACGUGGAUGGUGUUCUCUUUGUUUCCUUUGAGUCAAAGGAAGCUCUAGACAUUCAUGCAGUUGAUGGGACAACAGAAGAACCCUCCCGUCUUCAAGCAUCAACCACAAAUGACCCAGGUUGCAGAACAAGAAUUUUUCAGUUGGAAAAGGAAUUAAUAGAAGACUUGAAAUCCUUGAGGCAUAAGCAGGUGAUACAUCCUGGUCUCCAAGAAGUUGGCUUAAAAUUGAAUUCAGUGGAUCCAACAAUGAGCAUUGAUCUUAAAUACUUGGGAGUACAGCUACCUUUGGCUCCAGCUACUAGCCUUCCUUUUUGGAACCUUACAGGAACCAACCCUGCCUCUCCUGAUGCUGGAUUUCCCUUUGUUUCUAGAACAGGGAAAACCAAUGACUUCACCAAGAUAAAGGGAUGGAGAGGAAAGUUUCACAGUGCUUCUGCAUCUAGGAAUGAAGGUGGAAAUUCAGAAAGUUCACUGAAAAACCGUUCUGCUUUCUGUAGUGAUAAGCUAGACGAAUACUUGGAAAACGAAGGCAAGCUGAUGGAAACAAGCAUGGGUUUCUCUUCCAGUGCUCCCACAUCUCCUGUGGUAUACCAGCUUCCCACCAAGAGUACCAGCUAUGUACGAACACUAGAUAGUGUACUAAAGAAGCAAUCUACUAUUUCCCCUUCUACCUCCUACUCUUUGAAGCCUCAUUCUGUAGCCCCUGCCUCUCGAAAGGCAAGGUCUCAAAACAAACAGGCAACUUUAAGCAGCAGAGCUAAAUCAUCCUAUAAAUCUAUUUUACCAUACCCUGUUUCACCAAAGCAGAAAAACUCUCAUAUGAUUCUAGGAGAUAAGGUCCCCAAGAACUUUUCAAGCACCAUUUCAGAAAAUCAGGUGAAUAACUUUGUUGUGCCAACUUUAGAUGAAAAUGUAUUUCCAAAGCAGAUUAGUUUGCGUCAGGCACAACAGCAGCAACAGCACCAGCACCAAGGAACCCGCCCUCCAGGCUUGUCUAAAUCUCAGGUGAAACUAAUGGACCUGGAAGACUGUGCACUUUGGGAAGGAAAACCAAGGACCUAUAUCACAGAAGAACGAGCAGAUGUAUCCCUAACAACUCUACUUACAGCCCAAGCAUCUCUCAAAACUAAACCUAUUCACACCAUCAUAAGGAAACGAGCUCCUCCUUGCAACAAUGACUUCUGUCGACUGGGUUGUAUAUGCUCUAGUCUAGCGUUGGAAAAGCGCCAACCUGCUCACUGCCGCCGACCAGACUGCAUGUUUGGUUGUACUUGUUUGAAAAGAAAAGUUGUGCUUGUCAAAGGGGGAUCCAAAACUAAGCAUUUUCAGAGGAAGGCCGCCCAUCAAGAUCCAGUAUUUCAUGAUACUCUGGGAGAGGAGGCAAAGGAGGAAGAAGGAACAGUCAGGGAGGAGGAAGAGCAAUUGAAAGAGAAAAAGAAAAGAAAGAAGGUGGAAUACACUAUAUGUGAAACAGAGCCUGAACAGCCUGUACGACAUUACCCGUUAUGGGUAAAAGUAGAAGGUGAAGUAGAUCCAGAGCCAGUUUAUAUCCCAACACCUUCUGUCAUUGAACCUAUGAAACCAUUGUUGUUGCCUCAGCCAGAAGUUUUAUCUACUACCAUGAAGGGCAAACUGCUCACUGGAAUUAAACCUGCACGGGCGUAUACUCCCAAACCUAAUCCUGUGAUUCGGGAAGAGGACAAAGAUCCGGUCUACUUGUACUUUGAAAGUAUGAUGACUUGUGCCCGAGUUCGAGUAUAUGAACGAAAAAAAGAGGAACAGAGACAACCCUCCCCCUCCCCCUCCCCCUCUCCAUCAUUUCAACAGCAGAGCUCAUGUCAUUCUAGUCCUCAGAACUGUACUGAAAAGGAACCUGAUUCUGAACAGCAGCCUUUAAAACAACUCACCUGUGACUUGGAGGACGAUUCUGAUAAAUCACAAGAAAAGAGCUGGAAGUCUUCCUGCAAUGAAGGGGAAUCCUCUUCUGCCUCUUAUAUGCAUCAGAGGUCACCUGGUGGUCCCACCAAACUGAUAGAGAUCAUCUCAGACUGCAACUGGGAGGAGGAUCGAAACAAGAUUUUGAGCAUCUUAUCCCAGCACAUCAAUAGCAACAUGCCACAAUCACUUAAGGUGGGCAGCUUCAUCAUUGAGUUGGCUUCUCAGCGAAAGAGCCGGGGUGAGAAGAACCCUCCUGUUUAUUCUUCUCGUGUGAAAAUCUCUAUGCCAUCAUGUCAAGACCAAGAUGAUAUGGCUGAGAAAUCUGGAUCAGAGACUCCUGAUGGUCCAUUGUCCCCUGGGAAAAUGGAUGAUGUCUCUCCUGUGCAGACAGAUGCUCUGGAUUCAGUGAGGGAGAGAUUACAUGGAGGCAAAGGCCUACCUUUUUAUGCAGGGCUUUCUCCUGCAGGGAAGCUUGUGGCCUAUAAACGUAAACCCAGUUCAAGUACAUCUGGACUUAUCCAGGUUAAUGGUAAGAGUUACCCGCAGGCUAAGUUGCUAUUGGGACAGAUGGGGGCAUUGCAUCCAGCCAAUAGGCUAGCUGCAUAUAUCACAGGCAGGUUGCGACCCUCAGUCCUGGACCUCUCAACCCUCAGUACUGUCAUCUCCAAGGUAGCAUCCAAUGCCAAGGUGGCUGCAUCCAGGAAACCACGUACCCUGUUGCCUUCAACAUCCAAUUCCAAAAUGGUAUCCUCCUCCGGCACUGCAACAAAUCGUCCUGGGAAGAACCUGAAGGCAUUUGUUCCAGCAAAAAGGCCAAUUGCGGCUCGACCCUCUCCUGGUGGUGUGUUCACACAGUUUGUGAUGAGUAAAGUUGGAGCCUUGCAGCAGAAGAUACCUGGAGUUAGCACACCCCAACCCCUGACAGGGCCACAGAAGUUCAGUAUCAGACCUUCUCCAGUAAUGGUCGUCACACCUAUGGUUUCUUCUGAACCAGUUCAGGUGUGCAGCCCUGUGACUGCUGCUGUCACUACCACCCCUCAAGUGUUUUUAGAAAAUGUUACUGCUGUGACACCUAUGACUGCUAUUUCUGACGUGGAAACUAAAGAAACUACUUAUUCUUCUGGUGCCACCACUUCAGGGGUUGUUGAGGUCUCUGAAACUAAUACCAGUGCCCCUGUAACAUCUACCCAGUCUACAGCCACUGUGAACCUUACCAAAACCACUGGGAUAACUACCCCUGUGGCUUCAGUUGCUUUUCCUAAGUCUUUGGUAGCAUCUCCUCCAACCAUAACUCUUCCUGUUGCUUCCACUGCCUCCACUUCCAUAGUCGUGGUGACUACAGCUGCAUCUUCUUCCUCCAUGGUGACCACACCAACUUCAUCUCUGGGCUCUGUUCCUAUUAUACUCUCGGGAAUUAAUGGGAGUCCACCCGUGAGCCAGAGACCAGAAAAUGCCCCUCAUAUUCCAGUGGCCACUUCACAGGUCUCUGCAAACACAGUGAAACGUCCUGGACCUCGAUUGUUACUAAUUCCAGUGCAGCAGGGCCCGCCUACUCUUAGACCUGUCCCAAACACACAACUUCAGGGACAUCGGAUGGUCUUGCAGCCUGUUAGGAGUCCAAGUGGAAUGAACCUAUUUAGGCAUCCUAAUGGGCAGAUUGUCCAGCUUCUACCAUUGCAUCAGAUUCGAGGCUCAAAUACCCAGCCCAACUUACAGCCUGUCAUGUUUCGGAACCCAGGGUCUGUGAUGGGAAUCCGGUUACCGGCUCCUUCUAAACCUUCUGAGACUCCACCAUCUUCCACAUCAUCCUCUGCUUUCUCUGUCAUGAAUCCUGUAAUUCAGGCUGUUGGUUCUUCUCCAGCCGUGAAUGUUAUCACUCAGGCACCAUCAUUGCUUUCCUCUGGACCUAGUUUUGUAUCUCAGGCUGGCACGUUGACCCUGAGGAUUUCUCCUCCUGAGCCACAAAGCUUUGCAAGUAAAACAGGUUCUGAAACCAAAAUAACUUACAGCUCAGGAGGACAGCCUGUUGGUACAGCCAGUCUUAUUCCUCUCCAGUCUGGUAGUUUUGCUUUGUUGCAGCUCCCAGGACAAAAGCCUGUUCCUAGCUCCAUUCUUCAACAUGUUGCUUCCCUUCAGAUGAAGAGAGAAUCCCAGAGUGCAGAUCAGAAAGAUGAAACAAACUCUAUAAAAAUAGAGCAAGAAAUUAAAAAGACUCUGCAUUCAGGAGAAAGUGUAGAUCCUAAGGCUAAUACAGUAAACCAGAACUCAGGAGAUCUUGCUUCAGGAGAAACCCUGAAUGAUUCCUUGGAAGAUGGGGGUGAUUAUUUGGAUGAAGAAUCCCUUGCAGAAGAUGUUCCUGCAGCUGUCCAACCUGCUGUGUGCUCCUAUCUCACUGGGUCCCAUACAAGUGAAAACUACAAAGAUGGUAAUGAAGAAUUUGAGACUAGGGAUCGUAACAGUCCUAAGGAAAAACGAACUGUUAUAGAAGUUAGAACCAUUUCCGAAAAGGCCAGUAAUAAGACAGUCCAAAAUGCAAGUAAAGUACAGUUUCAGAAAUUUGGUGAUGUGAAGGUGGAACAGCAAAAAGGAUUAGAUAAUACAGAGGAAAAAUCAAAUGAAUCUCCAGUCAUUUCUAAAGAAAGAUAUAAACUCGAAUCUUCAGGGAGCAAAGUUGUGGAGCAGCAAUCUAAUUCACAGUCUGAGGCCAAGGGCAAGGGACGUGGAGACUCUCUGGAGAAGGAUGGUAUUAGGGAGAGAUGGAGAAAACAUCUGAAGGGCCCCUUGACUCGGAAAUGUGUUAGAACUUCACAGGAUUGUAAGAAAGAGGCAGAUGAGCAGUUAAUAAAAGAAACAAAGACAUGUCAAGAAAAUUUUGAUGUGUUUCAGCAAGAACCAGGCAUCUCUGACUUACUGGGGAAAAGUAUAACUACUGAGAAUGCCAGAGUUUUAAAAACAGAAUGUGAUUCUUGGAGUAAGAUUUCUAAUCCUCCAGUCUUCUCCAUUGUUCCUAGAAGAGCUACAAAAGGCAGCAGAGGUAGUGGACGUUUUCAGGGUCAUUUACUACUAUCAGGAGAACAGAUAAAGCUAAAGCAAGAGAAGAAGGAUGGGAGAAGCAGUACUAAUUUCACUGUUUUGGAUUUGGAAGAGGAUGACGAAGAAGAUGAGAAUGAAAAAACCGAUGAUUCGAUCGAUGAAAUUGUGGAUGUUGUUUCUGACUACCAGAGUGAGGAGGUUGAUGAUAUAGAAAAGGUGAAUAACUGUGUAGAAUACAUUGAGGAUGAUGAGGAGCAAGUGGACAUUGAGACUGUAGAAGAGCUCUCAGAUGAAAUUAGUGCUGCCCAUAUGAGGACCACAGCUGCCCACACACAGUCGUUUAGACAGCAGUGUCGUACCCAUAGCUCUACAGAUGAAAAAGCUGCUGAAAGGAGUCGAAAGGCUCCACCUAUUCCUGUAAAACUGAAGUCAGAGUACUGGAGUGACAAACUACAGAAAGAAGCAGAAGCCUUUGCUUAUUAUCGUCGGACACACACUGCUAAUGAGCGGCGGCGGCGUGGUGAAAUGAGGGAUCUGUUUGAGAAAUUAAAGACCACCUUGGGAUUACUUCAUUCUUCCAAAGUUUCCAAAAGUCUCAUCCUUACUCGGGCAUUCAGUGAAAUUCAGGGACUAACAGAUCAGGCAGACAAAUUGAUAGGACAGAAAAAUCUUCUGACUCGAAAAAGGAAUAUUCUGAUACGGAAAGUAUCAUCUCUUUCAGGUAAGACAGAAGAAGUGGUCCUGAAGAAGCUAGAGUAUAUUUAUGCAAAGCAACAAGCACUAGAGGCACAAAAAAGAAAAAAGAAGAUGGGAUCAGAUGAGUUUGUGUCACCCAGAACUAGUAAACAGCAGGAAGGAUCUUCUGCAUCAUCUGUCGAUCUUGAACAGAUGUUUAUAAAUAACAGGAGGGGCAAACCUUUGAUUCUUUCCAGAAAAAGAGACCAGGCCACAGAAAAUACCUCACCCUCGAAUACUCCACACACCUCUGCAAACCUCGUGAUGACUCCACAAGGGCAACUGCUCACUUUAAAAGGUCCUUUAUUCUCAGGACCAGUGGUAACUGUUUCUUCUGGUCUCUUAGAUGCUGAUCUUAAGCCUCAAGUUGGCAGCAGUGCUAUGGCUCAAUCAGAAAAUGAUGACUUAUUUAUGAUGCCACGAAUUGUGAAUGUGACAUCAUUGGCUACAGAUGGAGGUUUAGUAGGUAUGGGUGGCAAUAAAUAUACUCAUGAAGUUCCUGAUGGCAAGCCACCUGACCACCUGACAGAUACCAUCAGGAAUGAAAAUAACUCUUUAGAGGAUUCGGGUAUUCUCUCUUCCAGAGGAAACCAUAGAGAUAGCCGAAAGACACUGGGUCCAACACAGGUUUUUCUGGCAAAUAAAGAUUCUGGUUUUCCACAAAUAGUUGAUGUUUCCAGUAUGCAGGAAACACAGGAAUUCUUACCUAAAAAGAUUUCUGGUGAUGUGAGAGGGAUUCAGUAUAAAUGGAAAGAGAAUGAAUCAAGAGGGGAGAGAAUGAAGUCAAAGGAAUCUUCAUUUCAUAAGUUAAAAAUGAAAGAUUUGAAGGACUCAAACAUUGAGAUGGAACUGAGGAAAGUAACAUCAGCUAUAGAGGAAGCAGCGCUUGAUUCUGGUGAACUGCUAACUAACAUGGAAGAUGAGGAUGAUACUGAUGAUACACUCACUUCACUGCUUAAUGAAAUUGCCUUUCUUAAUCAACAACUAAAUGAUGACUCUGUGGCUGAAUUGGCUGAAUUGCCUAGCACUGUGGAUACAGAGUUUCCAGGGGAUGCUCGACGAGCUUUUAUCAGUAAGCUUGCCCCUGGGAACAGCACAUCUUUCCAGGUUGACCACUUGGGAACUGGUUUGAAAGAGUUGCCUGAUGUUCAAGAGGAGAGUGACUCCAUUAGUCCCCUCCUUUUGCACUUAGAAGAUGAUGACUUUUCUGAGAAUGAGAAACAACUUGUAGAACCAUCAUCUGAGCCUGAUGUACUUAAAAUUGUUAUUGACCCUGAGAUAAAGGAUUCCCUUCUUUCCCACAGGAAAACUAGUGAUGAAGGGAAGAGUACUUCUGACCUUCCUGCAGAGUCUGAAAAUGUGUCCUCACCUCCCAUCCUACACAUGAGGACUGGCCUGGAGAACAGUAGCAGUACAGAUACUUUAUGGAGGCCUAUGCCAAAGUUGGCACCUCUAGGUUUAAAAGUAGCUAAUCCUUCCAGUGAUGGAGAUGGUCAGAGUCUCAAGGUGAUGCCUUGUUUGGCACCUAUAGCUGCCAAAGUUGGGUCAGUUGGACACAAAAUAAGUUUAACAGGGAAUGACCAGGAAGGCCGAGAGAGCAAGGUGAUGCCUACAUUGGCACCUGUUGUGGCUAAAUUGGGCAGCUCUGGGGCCUCACCAAGUUCUGCAGGGAAAUGAACUUACUUGUCCUCAGGCAGAAGCCAGGCUGUGAGGGGAAAUUGAAUCUCACCUCCUUUCUCUGCGGGCAUCUGUUUAUUUGUGUCUUGGAACUUUAGUCCUCGACUUUGCUGAUGCAGUGGAUAAUGAGAGGGGGUAGGGUGCUGAUCCUGGUACAAGAAAUACUAUGAAAUUUUGAUGAUGUUUAAAUGUGUUACCUCACUUGUGGUGCUGGGUCCCCUCAUCCUCUCUAAGAAUAUGUCAUCCAUUACUGAACACAAGGUGCCCCUCUUACCCAAGGAAUUCAUAACAAGACUGGCUCUAUAGUGUGGUUCCUAGUUCUUCCCCCCAAGAGAACGAGCUGCUUGUGACUUUGGAGUUGUUAUCGACCGAGCUGUAGCUGACAGAUGUUGGUUAAAGGCUGUGCCUAGGGAUCCAGAAGAGUUGAUAUUUCAAGAAUAGGGAGAGAGAGGAUGGGUAUCAUGCAAUACCAAAGUGAAGGACUUUGUGUCAUUUAGAAAAAUUUUCUUUCAUAUAUCAAGUAGUUUUCAUUCUCUCACUUUUUCAAUUAGAAUUACAAAUUCAAGCUUUCUGGUAAAGUAGGGAUGUUGUUUCCUUUUAUUAUUAAGGUAAUUAUUUUGAGAUGUUAAAAGAAGAUAGUAGUACUAGUUGUUGAGUGGGUGUUGAAAAGAUCAUUUCACAGUGCCAGGGAUUUCUACUGGGAAUAUGUAUCUUGGAGGUAGGCAUAGAGGGAGCCCUGCCCCUCUCACAGAUCACAUUGCUGAAGAGACAGCUAAAGUGAAACAUACUUUCUCCCCAAACCAGAGACAGUGGCCAAAAUCAAAAGUUGUGGGGCUGGAUAUUUCCCAAAUCAAACCAGCGUCCUGGUGCUUGAAGGUUUCAUUCGCUAUUACCCGCAGAGGACGUAAAGAAAAGUCACAGUAGGCACUCUACCAGGGAAAUGAGGCAGUAUUUGAAUCACAAGAUAUAUUUUUUAUCUGCUACCAUGGAUUCAAUGAUCUGUAGAGCUUUUUCACUUGUUAGCUGUCAGGGUGUGAAGGACUGACAGUCUGUAAAGAUAAAGAUAUUUAUAUUUUUGUAUAGUUGUUUUCAUAGAUUUCUCAAAGGCUGAAGUUUUCAACCUAGAAGAUGAGAUUUGUAUUGAGUAUAGAAAUGAUGUUUCCUAUCUAGUUUGUAAAUAAUCAUGGUGCACUUGAGGGGUCUCUUGGAAACUCCUGGGGGCAAGAAUCACUAUUAUGAAACUGUAUAGACUGGGAUUUAGCUGCUGCAUUUUGCCUUUCUUAAAUAAUUAUAUUUUGGAAUGUAACUCCUGUUCUGUCUUCAUUGACAGGAUUUGCUUGUGUUGUAAAACACUUAACACAAGAGCUUCCAGUGCCUGGGCUGUGCCUAGGUUCAUGCUGUUUCUUCUAUGUCCCCUGCCACUUUAUCCCAAGUCCCAUUCAGCAUACCUUCAGACCUAGGUUUUGAGACCAACUUUGGAAUGGAUCUAGCCAGUGAAUUAUUACUUCCAAGUUGGUUCCCUUAUUAUUAACUCAGCAGAUUGAAAGGGUGGAUAUCCAGGUGUGGAGCAGGUGCCUGUAGUCCCAGCUACUCGGAUGCUGAAGCAGUAGGAUCACUUGAACCCAGGAGUUUGAGGUUGCUGUGAGUUAGGCUGAGGCCAUGGCAUUCUAGCCUGGGCAGCAGAGUGAGACUCUCUCAAAAAAAGAAAAAAGAAAAGGGUAGGAAUACUUCCUCUGCAUAUUUGUAGUAAGAUCAAAUUCUUGUUGGUUUUGUGCUGUUUGCUUUCCUAAACCUCAUUGGCACUUAACCUUCCUUCCUCUGAAGGUUACCCAAGAGCUUGAAGUAGGGAAAGAGUGCUCCUCAGCUUCUCAUUAUCUUUUCCACUUAACCCAGCAGAUUUCAUUCAAUGCCUUAGCCAAGGAGUCCAGAACUUGUCUCCCUUGCUAUUAAUUGUUCUUAGAGAUUCUAGUACUUUAACCCAGGUAUAACAGUUUUCUAUUAUUUCCUUGUCUUUUCCCAUAUUUUCUCCUGACUUCCCAAGACUCUUGUGGCUUUUGAGGGUCUGCCGAGGAGCAGGCAAGUGAGUAAACAAUCCUUCGGAAAAGAAGGACCAUUUUAGCUUCCCAAUGCUUCCUUUUUUUUUUUUUUUUUUUUUUUUUUGGCCGGGGCUGGGUAUGAACCCGCCACCUCCGGCAUAUGGGACCGGCGCCCUACUCCUUGAGCCACAGGCGCCGCCCAAUGCUUCCUUUUUUUAGAAGAAAAUAGGCAAACAGGUAAUAAUUCUUGAGUGGGAGAUAUUUAACUCAGUUUAUGAGAGAUAUAUAAAGAUGGAAGUGAAAGAUGAUUUCAGGUGUUUAUGGGAAUGCUGCAAGUGUUGUUGCAAAUUCUAAAGUGUUAAGACCUCUUAGAAUUAAGUGUCCUCAGAGCUAAUUUGAGGGGAGUGCUCAGUUUUCAGAAUAAUCCUGCAGUCCUGACAGAAAUCUAAAUUAACAAAAACUCCUAGCUUUUACCCUUGCCCCAGGAGAAACAGAUCUAUGACAAUUACAUGUGUGUUUAUGAAAGUUGAAUGAGGGGAGUUGAGGAACCUGGAUGUCAGUGAGCUCUCAUCUUAACUAUAAGAAGCAUGAUCUCAGUAGACCAAUAAUUCACCUUUUUAUAACAUCUGUAAAUAAAUGGAAUGUUUUUAAGAAUAUAAUUAUGUCAGAUUUAGCAUUUUCUUUUAUAUAUUAAAUAUAUAUCUUUCCUUUUCUGCUUUUGAAAAGUGACUAUUUUUUUAGAAACCCAAGAACAGAAGAAGUUUGGUGAUGAGAAGGCAGACUGUGUAAACCUGAAAUAAAUCAGUUAUAAUAAUUAAAGCAG